AUGUCCUCCUUCUCGUUCUGCAAGGAGUUCGGCAAGGACAAGGUGAUCUUUGUCACCAAGGAUGACCAUGCCACGCCUAGCAAAAUCGAGUUGCCGGCGCCGGAACAGCCGGAGGGUGUGAUCACCAAAGACGGAAACAUCAACUGGAGUUGCCCGUGCCUAGGAGGCAUGGCCACCGGACCCUGCGGUGUUGAUUUCCGCGAGGCCUUCUCCUGCUUCCAGUACAGCAAGGCCGAUCCCAAGGGCUCCGACUGUUACGAGGCCUUCACAAAGAUGCGCGACUGCUUCCAAAUGUACCCCACCGUAUAUAACAAAUCCGGCGGCGCCGAUGAUGACGAUGACGAUGCCCUGGGUGACGCUUUGGACGCGGGUGCAGCUGGCGAUGCAGAUCCGCUGGCGAACGUGGGCGCUCCUGAAGCCACCGAUGACGAGGUGGCCCUCAAGAACACCUCGGUGGUGGCCAAGUCCUAGAAUAAGAAGAUCUGUCUUGUUGAACUUACUUAAUGAUAAGAGUUAGGUGUGACUUCGUAAAAAAUAAAUAAAGCUUGUCAUAGUUGUGGGCCAAAAAGCCACUUAUCAUACAUACCUUAAA